AUGAUUCAAAGUAUACCACUUUAUUUGAGGAUAAGAGCUAUUUAUACCCUCUUAUGAAGAUUUUUAGAGUUUUCACAUUAUAGCAAUCUCAAUUAUAUCAUUAAGCCAGCCACUUAUUUUCCAUUAUAUUUUUUGAAGAGCAUAUUGAAAGGGAAUUCAGUCUUCAUUAAUCUCAAAAAAUUAAAGAAUCUUGUAAUUAUAAACCUCAAAUAG